AUGUCACGCUCUUCAUCUUCGUCAUCUCAGUCCAAGGCUUCGUCUGCUUUCUCGGGGACGACCCAAGGAAAGAUCGUUGAAUUGGUUGGGGAUACAUGUUGGUUCUGUGAAAGCAUUCCAGUCGAGGCGUGCCAUGUCAUUGCUCAGAAAGAUCCAGCUCUAUCAACAAUCAUAGACCAAAAGCUGUUGUUGACAUCACUGAGAGACGUUGACAAUGGUAUUGGUCUAUGCCCAACAUGCCAUAACAAUUUUGAUACCGCCCCAGACCCUCGACUCGUCAUCGUCCCCACCGAUUUGGAUUUCUUCAUCAACUUCGAAGAAAAAGACUACCGAGAGCGAACACUAGCAGCAAAUGGAGGCUUUUCCGUUCCCCGCCAAUGCCCUACAAAAGACCAAUAUAAAGACCACCAAAUAGCAAACGGAGAAAUACUAGAAGGAAGCGGCUUAUACGCACCAUACAUACUGAUGAGGUUCUACGCAACCGGAUUCAAGCCAAACCUGUCCCCGAGACCAUGGCACGGCCAACCGGUGCACAUGAUCCGGCGCGCGCUUAUUGCGCUUGGAUCCCUGAAUUACCGCAACUUGCCGGACGGCGUGUCAGACAAGCUUCGCACGUUGUUGGAACUUUAUACGCGACCGCCGCCGCCAAUGCAGGAACGCGAUGUGGCUGCAGGACAAGAGAAACCGGGGAAGUUGUUCCGCUCUAAUGAUGACUUGGACACGUCCACCGCGAAGAGGGAACUGAGUGGGCCGCAAACGUUUUUAAGUGGUCUUAAAUUGGAACGGAGAGGGCGUGAGUCGCAGGGCCAUACUGAUCAUAGUAUGUCGGCCUUCACACUUGGGCCUGAAUGUACGGCUCUAGAUGCUAUUAGCAUGGUCAUGUCACGUCGCCAACAAAUCCUAUGA